AUGACUCAUGUCAAAGCAUACUAUCGCAAGAUGUCAGUUUAUUCAGAGGAUGAGGGUUUUCUAAUGCACUUCUUCCAGGAUAGCUUGGCUGGGGCUUCUUUGGAGUGGUAUGUUCAACUCGAACGCACUCAUAUUCAUUCUUGGAGAGAUCUUGUGGAGGCUUUCAUUAAGCACUAUCAGUACAAUGUUGACAUGGCGCCCAAUAGAACUCAGUUGCAGAGUUUGGUUCAAGGAUCUAAAGAAUCUUUCAAGGAGUACGCUCAAAAAUGGCGUGAGUUAGCUGCAAGAGUUCAACCACCUAUGACUGAGGGUGAGAUGAUUGACAUGUUCACCAGUACUUUGUCUGGACACUAUUACUUGGCCUGUAGUGCUUCAGCCAACUUUUCUGAAAUGGUGAGGUAUGGCGAGCGUGUUGAGAUGGGUCUAAAGAUGGGGAAAAUUGAGUUGGGAGCUUCUUCUAAUACUCCUAGUGGUAAGAAACAAGCUGAGGGUUAUGCCCGAAGGAAGGAAGGAAAUGCGGAUGCCAUAUAUGGAAGGAGGGGUUCAGGGAGAAGCAAUUCACAGGUCAAUGCUGUCAUGAUCCCGAUACCACAACAACAACAACACCAGGGACAACGUUCCGGUAAUGAUCGUUAUCCUCCCAGGACUAGACCUCACAGAAAGAUUGAUCCGAUUCCUAUGACUUAUGCUCAAGUGUUGCAACAUUUGCUCAAUAUUGAGAAGAUUACUUUGAGAGAUGCUCCGAAUGCUCCGGACACACAAUCUCCUAAUUACAAUGCAAAUGCGCGGUGUGCCUUUCAUUCCGGUGCUGCUGGCCAUGAUACAGAGAGGUGCAUUGCACUGAAGAACAAAGUCCAGGACUUGUUGGAUCAAAAGAUAAUUCAGUUUACUCCUACACCCAAUAUUGUCAAUAAUCCGAUGCCGCCUCACGCAGGUUCGGGUGUGAAUGCCAUUGAGAGUGAAGAGAUAAGUGUUGUAUCCGACGUGGGCUGUUUGACUUUCCCUCUUGUGUCUGUGAAGCAACAUCUGAUUAAUAGCGGUAUUUUCCCGGGCUGUGGUGUUGAUUGUGGGAAGUGCAAAAGUCAACCUGAAGGUUGUGAUGACUUGAAAGGUAUGGUACAAAAGCUGAUUGAUGAGGGUCCUCUUCAGUUCUAUCGAAGAUUGAGAAAUGCGAAGAGAAAUGAUGGUGAAGUGUCUGUGAUCUCAAUUCCUUAUGAGCCGGUUGCUCCAAUAUGUAUCCAAGUGCCUAUUCAGAUGCCUGUCAGUAUCCCGUAUGAGGAACAACCAGCAGCUUUGAUGAUUACUGUACCAGGGCCUAUUCCAUAUGAGAGUGAGAAGGCCAUCCCUUGGCAUUAUGGUUCAGAUGUAUAUUACUAUGGCACGAAGGAAGAAAGAGAGCCAUCUAAAGAGAGUUUUGUGGAAGCCUCAGUUGCAAACACUGAUAAUUUUGCCGGUACUGGUAGAAUUACUCGCAGUGGUAGGGUGUUCUCUCCUCAGCUUGUUCAAAGUAAUGCUGAUGCUUUCGCUAAGGCCAAAGGAAAACAAGUAGUGACUGAUGUCCAUAAUUCUCCGAUUCAGAAUGGGGCACCUGAUGGUGCUGUGCCUACCAAGGAUGUGGAAGAACUGUUGAGGAUUAUCAGGAAGUCUGAUUACAAGGUUGUUGAGCAGUUGGCUCUCAUGCGAAUUGACUAUGCUGGUGUUGAGUUAAGGCCUAGUGAGUUGGUAGUGCGCGCCUUUGACGGUUCAAGGAGGUCUGUGUUCGGGGAGAUAUAUGAGUCUGGAAAUUUUGCUACGAAAAGUGAUGCAGUUUCCGCAGCUAAUCUGCAUGAAAUUCGUAGCAAAUAA